AUGGAAUGCAUUCUCGAUGGUGAUAAUGUCGUGAAGUGGUCGUCGCCGUGGACGCUAUGUGUGGGGUUCCGGCUGGUGGCGUGGCGUGUGCUCGGACGCGACAACACUCAGUGCAAUCAGAAAUGGACACGAUCCCUGGACCCUGAUCUCGUGCUGGGCCGUUGGACGAAGGCCCAAAUCGAGACGCUCGUUCGCGAAACGUUGAAGGACCCAAACGCGAAGUGGAAGGACAUUGCGGCGCGCGUUGGCCGACCGAUCAAGCAAUGCCUCGAUCGAUGGGACGGGUACUCGGACCCGACCAUCGUGUCGACACACGAUGUGCCAUUCACCGAGUUUGAAAUCUCUUGGCUACUGCGUGCCUAUGGUCAAGUCGACACGGCGUGGACCGCGAUAACAAACAUUCUGAACGGCCAGAUCCAACACGACGCGCAGACGAUGGAUCUACUCAGGUCAACGAAGCCAGGCCAAGCCAAUCUGCGGCGGUCCAAGGGUCCAAGAUCGGCCGCCCCGCGGGGAUCCAAAACCGUAUUUCGAUGCUCGUGGUACCGCCCGAACAUCGAGAAAGCGAAGCGGCCAUUGAUCCCUUUGCAACUGGACCACUCGACCACCACGUGCACGCUCCUGCAAGUGAGCAGGUAGCGCCCGAGCAGCCCGAAGCUGAGUGGCAUGGCAUUGCGCCUGGCGCGCCGAAUGGCACCGCUAUCGAGCUCGUCGACAAUGAAGUCGACACGAUGGGGCGCCCCACGUUUCGCCAGCCGGUUGAGAUCCCGAUGGCCGACACCGAGGCUGCGCAUGCUGCGGUCAUCAAUGCAACAGCGACAAGUGCUGCGCCGGCGACAAAAUUCGACUUGGAGACGCUCUGCAACCUCUUCUAUGGCCCGGACGACGCAGGAAUCUUGGCGACCGAGUUCGCAGGCGUAAAUAUCAUAACCCACCUAUGCUGAUAUUAUCCUUGUAUAAUCAAACGCUGG